CUCACACAGAUGCUUCAACUCUCCAACCAGACGGCGCAGUGCAGCAGACAUUUUCUGCUCAAAGUUCCAACCGGCUCUGGUUGGUUAGACGAGCAGGCUGGAGGGUGGCAUCAGGUCCAGUCUGCUGAGGAGGAUUUCUUCCAGGAAGCCUCAUCAGCGCAACAACAGUCCACAACUCCAAGAGGCCAAUGCAAUGGGGGGAAGCGGAGACGACAGCGGGCCGGGGAGGCUGAGCCGCAGACUGUCCCGCCUGGGCAGCAGGCAUCAGUCCAGGGACCCUCCAAGACCCCCAGCUCAGCCGGAAAGACCCCCUGCUCCGCCCGACAGACCUGUUCCACAAGAUGACAGGCCUUCUCCACCAGCUGCAGCUCCAGCUCCGGCUCCUCUCCCCCCACCCAUGGAAAUGCCUCCUAAAUGCCCAGACAAAGCCAUCAAGCCCAAACUCCCUCCUCGGCCGCUGUCUAAGGUGUUCAGUAGCGCUGAACAUGGAGCAGCUGUAUUGCAGGGAUUUGAUACUUUUCGAGCUGAUGAGACUCUCUGUGAUGUUGUCUUGGUUCCUGGGGACAGCGAGGAAACUUUCCCAGUCCACAGAGUCAUCAUGGCUUCAUCCAGUGACUAUUUCAAGGCAAUGUUCACCGGAGGCAUGAGGGAGCAGGAGAUGAGAGAGAUCAAGCUGCAUGGGGUCACUAAGUUGGGUUUAAAGAACAUUAUAGACUUCAUUUACACAUCCAAAGUCAGGCUCGACAUGGGUAAUCUCCAGGAUACACUGGAGGCUGCAAACUUCUUGCAAGUCAUGCCUGUCCUGAGGUUCUGUAAUCAGCUGCUGAGCAGUGAGAUCACCAUUGAUAACUGUGUGGAGGUGGAGCGCAUCGCCACAGACUUGCUUCUGGAGGAUGUUCUGCAGAAUAUAGGUGAGUUUGUGAGCCAGAACCUCUCAGCGCUGGUAGAGUGUGGCCGCUACCUCCAGCUCUCUGAAACCAGCAUGGCCAACGCUCUGGCCAGCAACUCCCUCGAGGGCUUCUCCGAGCUGGAGCUCUACCACAUCGCUAGAGGAUGGCUGGACCACGACCACCCCAGUCGCCGAUCCUCUGUCUAUGCCUUGAUGCGCCAUAUUCGCUUCCCAUUGAUGAGCCCCAGUGAACUCAUUCAGAUCUCCCAGGAUGAUGAAGAGGGAGGAGACUCCAUGAUGCGCUCUGAGACGGCCUGCGUGAACCUGCUGCUGGAGGCCAGCAACUACCAGAUGAUGCCUUUCAUGCAGCCAGCUUUGCAAACUGAGCGGACACAAAUCCGCUCAGAAGCCACCCACAUCCUGGCACUGGGCGGUGUGAUGCGACAGCAACUGGUGGUGAGCCGCGAGCUGCGGCUGUAUGACGAAAAGUCUGGCUACUGGAGGGCCCUGAAGCCCAUGGAUGUGCCACGUUACCAGCAUGGUGUGGCUCUUCUAGGCGGCUUCCUCUUUAUUGUUGGAGGCCAGAGCACUUAUGACACCAAGGGUAAGACAGCCAUAGACAGCGCCUACCGCUAUGACCCGCGCUUUGACAGGUGGCUUCAGAUUGCUUCACUCAACGAGAAGAGGACGUUCUUCCACCUGAGCGCUCUCAAGGGGAAACUGUUUGCAGUUGGAGGAAGGAAUGCCUCAGGAGAGAUAGACACGGUGGAGUGCUACAACCUGAGGAAAAAUGAAUGGACAUUUGUGACCAGUAUGGUGGAGCCUCACUAUGGACAUGCUGGAACAGUUCAUGGGGACCUCGUGUACAUUUCAGGCGGCAUCACCCGGGACACGUUCCAGAAGGAGCUCUGGUGCUACGACCCCGUCACUGACACAUGGAGUCGACGAGCCGACAUGACGGAGCUCCGCGGCCUGCACUGCAUGUGCACCGCAGGAGACAGACUCUACGUGAUGGGCGGGAAUCACUUCCGAGGCUGUAGCGACUAUGACGACGUCUUGGGCUGCGAAUACUACAGCCCCGAGACGGACCAAUGGACGGUGGUGGCGCCGAUGCCACGGGGCCAGAGCGAUGUUGGCGUGACGGUGUUUAACGGGCAGAUCUACGUGGUGGGAGGGUACUCCUGGAACAGCAGGUGCAUGGUUGACAUUGUGCAGCGGUAUGAUCCGGAGCGGGACAUGUGGGACAGAGUGUUCAACGUGCUGGAGCCCCUGGGGGGGAUUCGCGCCUGUACGAUGACAGUUCAUCUGCCGGAGGGGUCCGUGGAUGAGGCCCAGAUACAGGAGUGUCCACUGCCCACAGCUAAGAGCUGUUAGUGCACCACCAAUGCGGGGUUUCCGACUUUUGCCGCUGUCAGACCAGAACUGCCGAGGUUAAAUUUGCCUGCAUGUUGUGGCAGAAGGCAAAACAGGAAAUCGUGUGGGUUGAAAACACCAGCUGCAGGUGCAAGCUUUGUUAGCCAGCUAGCAUUAGCAUUCAACAGUUUGAAGAUUCUACACUUUACUGUCAUUAGCGCCAUUUCCUGUCCCUGCAUUUACUGUCAGCCAUGUAACAUCCCCCCAGCUCUGCUGCGGGUGUGCUCUCACUCUCCAGUCUCUGAAUGUAAAAGGAAGCAUUCAAAACGUCCUUAAAAAGAAGUCAAACCCACCCUCCCCCUCAAACUGGCUGGACUUUGAUUCAUUGGACAUCGAGUGGCGCUGUUUCACAGGUCGCAGUUCAAUCAAAUGAGGCAAACAAGUCAGGAUCAAUUACACAGAAGGCAAAUUCAUGUCUUCACUGAAAUAAAUGAAAUGUGAGUGAACUUUGGUGUAAAUUCACUUUUACACAAAUGGAAAACUUUUCAUUAUUCUCUUCUAAUCUCAUUAAUAUACAAAAAUAUUGAUUUGAUCCUGCAGUAUUGAGCACGAUUGAGCGCUGUCUUUGUAACAUACAUACUUCCUAACCUCUUAGCUUGCAGCGGUGUGCCACAGAACUGUCGUCUACGAUGACGCACAAGCAGAGAGGAAUAAACCGAACUCUGUGUCUCAUAAUGAUCGAUGACGGAAUAUAUCAAAAGCCACAGCUUUUUAAUUUUGUUAAUGACGGGGCACAAAGUGAUAUGGGUGACUGUGGCUAACACAAAAAGUCACAUUUUCACAAAAACAAGUGACACAACUGAGUGAACUGACCAUUUAGAGCACAGAGCCAACAGAAGUAAAUGAGGACAAACAGCAAGAAGCCUCUGGAUUUAAUUGCUGUACCUUGUAGCUCAGCUGAUUACUGUCACAGUGGGAAAAAGACAUGUUUGGUUUGUUUUGUAUAUUUACAUUGAUAUGCAGUGUUUUAAGAUGAAAAUAAAGUCAUGCUCUUCACGGUA